GUAUCUUCCAGCGCUUAGCUGAAACUCACAACUAAAAAAUUUCAAAACCUUCUUGAGUUGACCCCCAGCCCUGCGCAUUUUAGUAAAAAUGGCGCGGCAUCCGGUAGCUGAAGCCGACGAGAAGAGUCCCUUCGGCACCUUAACUCCGGACGAGUUUUACGCGCGCCACUCAGUGAGUCACUCCUCCGAGUUCUUCACCAAUGCCCGCGGCCUCAAGCUCUUCACUCAGUGGUGGACUCCACUCAACACUCCAAUCUCCGGAAUUGUCGCCGUUGUCCACGGGUUCACCGGUGAGUCGAGCUGGUUACUCCAACUUACGUCCGUUCUUUUCGCCAAAUCGGGAUUUGCCGCGUGUGCGAUCGAUCACCAGGGUCACGGUUUCUCCGAAGGCCUCGACGGACUCGAAGCUCACAUUCCAAGCAUCGACGGCGUAGUCGACGAUUGUAUUCAGUUCUUUGACGCCUAUCGUGCUCGUCACGCGGCAGAUUUGCCUGCCUUUUUGUACGCGGAAUCGCUUGGCGGAGCCAUCGCGCUUUAUAUCUCGCUCAGACAAAAAGGCGCGUGGGAUGGAUUGAUUCUCAACGGCGCAAUGUGCGGGAUAAGCGCUAAAUUCAAGCCUCCAUGGCCGUUGGAACAUUUUUUAUUCAUAGCCGCCAAGCUUAUGCCCACCUGGCGAGUGGUUCCCACGCGAGGGUCUUUGCCGGAAGUUUCAUUUAAAGAGCCGUGGAAAAGGAAGUUGGCAAUAGCGAGUCCGAGGAGGACAUUGGCAAGGCCACGCGCCGCCACGGCUUACGAGCUCAUUCGGAUAUGCAACGACUUGCAAGGGAAGUUUGAGGAAGUGGAUGUGCCAUUGCUUAUUGUGCACGGUGGUGAUGACGUCGUAUGUGAUCCUGCUUGUAUCGAGGAGCUUUAUAAACGCGCCGCCAGCGUGGACAAGACGUUGAAGAUUUAUCCUGAAAUGUGGCACCAACUGAUUGGGGAGCCAGAGGAAGGUGUGGAGUUGGUGUUUGGGGAAAUGGUGGAAUGGCUUAAAAGUCGAGCUUCGCAGACCGCCGAGGCAAACGGUGACGGUAGUGCACGCGCUGCUGUCGGCAGUGUCAGUGCAUAGUUGGGUAGUUAAUUAGUUGUGUAGCUUUGAGUGGACCAACAUGAGCAUGCCAUGUGGGUAAAAUAUUUAAUGAUAUUCAUAUUUAAAGCCCCUUUAUUUUAGACAAUAA